AUGAAGCACACAACAGUACUGCUGAAGGUAUUGUUAUUGGUGGCUAUAACAAUCCAAGAGGGGCUUCUCUCAUGGCAGAUAAUGACAAAUAGAACGAUGGUGAUAGUGAUAGACAUAGGACUACUGAUGCUUUUCCUGUACCUGCAGAUAAGUUCAGAGAAUAAUACACAAAUGUAUAUGAUAUAUAUAUACAGCAUAGUGACAAAAAUAACAAUUAUAUAUUAUGUUUCUCUACCUAAAUGUUUGAUUAAUGAAAAGGAGGAGGUAUUAAACAAAGCAGAAAUAAAUUUGUAUUGGAUACGACAUUUUGAUAAUUACACAAAUAAGAUACAUAUGGUUUCAAUCGCAAUUUUGAUUUCGAUAAUUGUGUAUAUUUUAUUUUUUUAUAUUACUGACUUUAAUUUAUUAAAAGUUCAUUUCAUAAAUUUGGAGAUUUUAUUUUGUUCACUCAUAAUUAGUCAUGUCUCUAUUGAUUUUAUGGACAUUUCUGAUUUCUUCUAUUCAAUCAAUUUCCAUUUUUUUCUUUACCAUUUUAGAGUAAUACAUGAAUUGUCUAUAUUUAAAGAUACGAAUAUAUUUGUAAAUACCUCUAUAGAUCAUAACACAUUGAUUGAAUUCUACACCUUCUGUCUUAAUUCAUAUCAAGUCAUUUUUAUUCUCUUUGGUGUACUCUUAUGUAUAAAUAUAUCCAUUCAUGCAUAUUCACUUCCCACAUAUUCGUAUGAAACUACAAAGAAAGGAAUUUUCAUAAAUGGUGAACUAUCCAAGAGCAGGGAUCCUAAUAACAAUUCCAGAAAAUAUCCCCAUGUGUUAAGUGAUUACAAUAGCUCACUACCACUUCUCCAUCUCUUCUCAUAUAAAAAUGUUUGUAACAGGAUGGAGAAAACCAUUCCAGAUGAGAUACUCGCAAGUGCACGAUAUGAUGCAUUAACGAAUGGAAGUACUUACGGAACUCAUGGAAAUCCCACUAAUGUUUUGUAUCUUAAGAGGAGGAGCUACAUGGCUGGACUUCCACCCGUAGAAGCAGACUGUUCGUGCGGAGGGCCAAGGAAGGGGGGCUCUUCUCCUUACUCUUCCACGUCUUCCGCUUCUUCCGCUUCUUCCGCUUCUUCCACUUCUUCCUCUUCUUCCACGUCUUCCACGUCUUCCGCUUGCGCCCCCCUCCACCUGAGGUCCAAAGUAGGUGGAGAUGCCAUGUCUUGUCUAAAGUACUUGAGUAUAUACAGCUUUCUGUUUACUGAUGUUUCUCUUUUCACUGCAAGGGUUUUCCUCUACUUAAUUUUUUCGGGCACUGCAUGCUCCCCGCUGUUCAUCGCGAAAAACCUCUGCUUCGCCAUCAUCCAUGGUUCGAGAAUCUACAGAAAGUCUAAAUUCUACAACCACAGGAAGAAAAAGGAGCGAAGAAAAAGAAAAAAAAAGACAAAAAAAUGGAAAAACGCAACUAAUGAAUACACAGAGAACUGCUUAGAAAAAGGUAUAGAAAGGGUGAAGACACAUACUGCAAAAAUGGAAAAUAAACAAAAGAGCUUCUUAAGUACUUAUGGAAGAGAGGAGAAAAGUUUUGGUUUCAAAAAAGGAUGCUUGAGUAAUGAAUUUCUAAGUAGGAGUUUCAUUUCUAGAGACACUAUAAAUAUAAACAGGAUAGAACAUGCAGAUUAUGACAGAAUUGAUAGUUUAAAUUAUAAUAAAAUAAGACCACAUUUUCAUUUUCAGUAUUUAAAAUAUAAUGGAAUAAAUUUUAAAAGACACAUGUCAUGUUAUGUAGAUAAAAUUGAAAACAAUUGCAAAAGCUAUUUGAUGAUUUUUCUCUUUUUCUUUAUUCUUAUAGCAACAAAAAUUGCUAUCCUUGUAGUCACAUAUACACUAGAUAUUGACGAUGACCUAAAUCAACAUUUGUAUGAAUUAACUUACCAGUGGAAUAUCAAUGCAGUUAAUUCAUGUUGGAUACUUAAAAUUAAUUUAUUCAUCAUUUUCGUCUAUUCCUUCUGUUCAUUUAUACUCUACAUAAUUACUUGUUCUAUAUUCGAUGGCGUUUUCAUGUUUCUCUUGUAUUCCUUUAACCUCCUCUCUUAUUUUUUUGCACUUAUCAUUAUGACUCAAUACAACCCAGCAUGUGAUAUUUUUGAUUAUUUUAACAAGAGUAAGAACACACUUGUGGUUCUCUUGGCCUUUGCCCACUUGGCCUACCUAUUCCUUGAGGACACUUACAUGUUCAUCUACAUGCUGCUUGGACGCAAGUACAUCACAUACCGAUGCAAAUCAAAAAUGGAGAAAAGCAACGAAACACAAAGAAGAGUAGAAGAAAAUGAAGAACUGUUCAUACCUAUAUCAAUCGUGUCUUCAUUUAUGCUUAAAUUAAUCAAACACAUGAAAGGGCCAAUCAUUCUUAACAGAAUUAUAAUUGGAAAAAAUUUCAUAAAAAAUGCAAGACUAGACAAUUUUUUGUAUAUUUGUCACAUAAAAGAAAUUAUCAUUAAAUUGGUUUUUUAUCUUUUUUGCUUUUUUUUAGCACUCAGAAGUAGUAUAAUAAACGUUUCCUUUCUUUUUAUUAUUUUUCUCUUCAAUUUUAUUCUGUCACUUGCUUAUUUAUUCUUUUCCAAGGCUGACAGAAAUCUCGCCAUGGACACCAUCUUCACCCAAGCUCUCUUUCUGGAUCUCACAGCGAGACCCCGAGAAGACCGAUGGGUUCAUUGGUCAGGUCUGUCAAAGAGGCAACAUAAGAAGUUGACUAGCCAAAACAUGAAUGAACAUACAUGUUUAUACGAAAAAUACUCCUAUGAUCAUUCGGUUUUAUUUCAAAAUUGUUUAAACUACUUUUAA